AUGGUACCAAAGACCAUCAUGGGGAAGAUCUUUGGCUCUAUCUGCUCUCUGAGUGGUGUGCUGGUCAUUGCUCUGCCUGUGCCCGUCAUUGUGUCCAACUUCAGCCGGAUCUACCACCAGAGCCAGAGGGCCGAGAAGAGAAAAGCACAGAAGGCCUCGAAAGAAGCGGGGCAAGCCCUUGUGUGUAAGACCAACCCCAACUUUGAGGAGCAUCACCAUCAUCUGCUGAACUGCCUCGAGAAAACCACAAACCAUGACUUUGUCGAUGAGAAGACGUUCGAGGCCACCUUCAAGGAGGAGACUCUGGUCAAGCAGAUGUCCCGCACCUCCUCCAUCUCGUCCAGCUCCUCGGCUCACGGCCUGAGCUCCUGCUGCGGUCGGCGGAAGAGAAAGAGCUUCAACGUCCCGAACUCCAACAUGUCAGUGGGUCUGCAGGGCAUCCAGGAGCUCAGCACCAUUCACAUCCGAGAAAGACCUCUCAACAACAGCCGCUGCAGUCGUUCCAGUCUGAACGCCAAAUUUGAAGAGACUGUCCCCCUGAACUGUGAUCACCCGUACACCACAGCUGCUGUCAUCAGCAUGCCGACGCCCCCUGUGACCACACCAGAGGGGGACGAGUCUGCCAGCUCCCCGGACUAUUCCCAAGCAAACAUAGUGCGGGUCUCGGCCCUGUAG